AUGCAAGAUCAGUAGAGCAUGCUUUCAGUCUACAAUAACCCUUGGAAUAAGUUGAAUACCACCUAGUAAAAAGGAUACCUCCUGGCCAAAUCAAUUGAUCAACACCCUGAAUUCAAGACAGAAAUCCUGGAUGCUCUCGGCCAAUAAUAGACCAAAAACAUCUUCAAAGAUCCGAUAAGUAUGCAAUUGUGCAAGUAUGACUCAACCAUUGGUCCGAAAUUAGAGAACAAUAAGAUUGUUAUCCGAUCCAUUGUAGGUAAACCAGACAUUUUCAAAAGGAAAUUGAGUUUAUUGACUGGAUAAGAUCCGAAAUCAAGUAGCAGGAGAACAUUCGCUAAGGGAAACACCACCAACACUUUUAGGAACAACAACAACACAAUUAAAACAUAACAUGUCUUUACAGGCGAAGAGUUAUUGGCUAAAGUUAAUUUGAUAGAGAAACACUUGUUCGAAUCCAGAUUGAAGGAAGAUCAGGAAAUCAUGAAUAUGCCUUUCCAAAAAAAAUAGAUUUUGUUGAAGGAAACUAGAGCCCUCGAAGAAUACUUAAAAUUGGAAAAGGAAUAAAGCAAUUUGUUGAUGGGAGUGACCAAAUAAGCCAACAAAGAUCCGAGCAAAUCUGUGAUGAUAGAUUGCUACAGAUUUCGUAGAAAAUAGGAAUACUCUAUUACAAAUGAUUCUUUAAAUAGAAAUAACGAUGAUAGGACAAUGAAGAUAUUGGAAAUAGAUGACGAUAGUGGUUAUCCCUUAUUUUUGAUGUCGCAGAAUGAUUAAGUAAUACGAAAACCCAGUAUCAUCAAUCAAGAUGAAACUACACAGUCCAUAUUGAAGUAAAUGAAUGACGAGCCAGUCUAUCGAAGUUUCUCGAGCAAAGAUUACUUGAAAUCUCGAUCCAAUAGAUACACUAAGAUAGCAACUGAGAAAAUCAACAUAAAUAUUGAUAGUUUGCUCGUCUAAGGAUAAAGCAAAUUGGAUCAAGAAGUCAAGUUCGAUAUCAAUGGGAAAUAUAUACUCCAGCCUAUUGAAAAAGGGAAUGAAGAUGAAACGAUUACUGAGAACUAUUCAGGUUAGUAUAAAAUAAAUUAUAAAUGA